AGACAAGCGUGCGCACAUGCAACGAGACGCCCGAAUGUUUCCAGCCCCAGCAAUGAAUGGUCCCACUCUCCCGCCAGGCGACCCCGCGCACCCCAGCGGCUGGAAUGAGUUCUGUGAGCAGCAUGCCAUCAGCACCGCCAAGGAGCUGGCGCGGAAGUACCUCCUCUUCAUCAGCGAGCACCCUCAGCGCGAAGCUCUGGCCGUGGAGAGCGUCUCCCUCCAGUUCGCCGAUCUCUUCCAGCAGUAUUUCUGCAGUGAGGUGAAGGAUACCUUCACCAUGGACCAGCUCCGCGCCCUGCCCUUCAGCAGGGUGCGGGACUACCGGGAGACCUGCCGGAAGCAGGCCGGCGGCUCCCUGGGGACCGUCGGGAGCAAGGCCGAGGUGGAGCUGGCCGAGCAGGCGGACCGAGGCCCCGAGGCGUGCCGCUGGGCCCAGCCCAAGUCCUGGAGCUCCGAGGAGCUCGUCAGCACGGCAUCGCCCUUGGCCGUGCGGAGGCGCUUCUCCCUGGACCAGCUGCGGAGGAGGUGGCACAGCCUGUUCCGCAGGAGAGCCUCGGAACCCGCCCUGGGUGAGGGGGAGGCGUCGGACUCUGUCCUGAAGUCUGGCUUGGCCCGGAAGAUCUUCCCGUUGGCCCUCGCGCGAGAGCCGGCCUCUCAGGUUCGGAAGGAGGGAUACCUCAAGUACUGGAUGGUGACAGAGGCCGCUGUGGACAGCGGGACCUGCUGGCAAAGGUGCCGGCUGGUUUUGCAGAAAGUGGACUCUUCAGACCACGCGGAGUAUCUGCUGGCACUGUUCGACCCUCCCAAGAGCUCGCGGCCCAAGCUGCAGACCGCCUGCUCGGCAGUCCAGGAAAUCCGGCGCUGCACGUGCCUGGAGAUGCCGGACAACCCACACACCUUCGUGCUCAAGGUGAACGCCUCCACAGACAUCAUAUUCGAGGCCGGAGACGAGCGGCAGCUGCACAGCUGGGUGUCCGAGAUCCAGGCGGGCCUCCCUCCGGGGCCUGAAAGAGCCAGCGUGGAGCUGACCUCAGACACUCACUCGGAGGUGGUGACUGCGAGUCCUACGAACAGCAGUACAGACUCCCUGAAUCAAGGCGCAGCCCCGUCCAGCCUCCUCGAGCAGCCCUGCCAGAAGACGGAUCGCUACCUGUCCGGCUUCCCUUGGUACCACGGCUCUAUUUCUCGAGUCAAAGCGGCCCAGCUUGUCCAGCUUCGGGGCCUUGAAGGACACGGCGUCUUCCUCAUCCGACAGAGCGAAACCCGCCGGGGCGAGUAUGUGCUGACCUUCAACUUUCAAGGAAGAGCCAAGCACCUGCGGCUCUCGCUGACAGAGAGGGGCCAGUGCCGCGUCCAGCACCUGCACUUCACCUCCGUCCUGGACAUGCUGCAUCAUUUCCAGCGCUGCCCCAUCCCCCUGGAGUGCGGCAUGGCCUGCAGCGUGCAGCUGUCCAGCUAUGUGCUGGUCGUCCCACACACGCCAGGCUCCUGCAGCACCGCCCCGCUCUCCCCCUCCGUCCACCGCUGCCGCCCAGAAUCCAGCCACGUCCAGCUGGCCCCCUCCAGCUGCCCACGGACCCACCUGCCGGACAGCCUUCGCCGCAACUCCUCGGGGGAGCAGAUCUUCCACCGGGUGCCCCCCCCAGAAGAGCUGGCCCGAAGCCUCUGGCACAGUGGCCCCCUGGGCGUGUCCCCCGCCUCCCCCUCGGCCCGCCAGUGGGACAAUGACUAUGAGCUGGACUCGCGCGGGAGGGGGCACCUGCGGGCUGUGAGCAACCAGUACACCUCGCUCUGACGCUGCGGCCCAGGCACCCGCUGUUCUCCGCAAGGCCCGGCAGAGGUGCGUCGGUCGAGGACGCGGGCGGCUCACUCCACUCCUGGCGUGACCCUUGGAUUAGGCCUGUUGACGGGCCACUGACGUUUCGCCAUGCAGAAUGUUGUUCUCUCACCGGUUUUGCACACGGCUCUGCCUUCGCUUUUAGAUUUCUUACUGGUACACGUUUUGGAUAAUAGUUGGUUAAUUUUGA